AUCUGUGCGCGCCGAGACGCCACAGGGACGGCGCGGCGCCUAUAUCUGUGCGCGCCGAGAUGCUGUGCCUGCCCUGUGCUGUGCCCUCCUCAGCGCGCGCCCACCGCUCACCACAUCACCCCCCGUGCUCUGGUAGCUCGCCGCCCGGAGCUCAUGGAGGUCGCCUCGCUGCAGCACCUCGGCGACAGCUUCUCCUGCGGGUGGCUCAAGCGCGGCGCGCCGGCGCCGUCGUUCGAGCGCCUCGUCGACGCCGACCUCGGCAAUUCCUUCGGCAGCUCCAGGUCCUUCAUCGACAUGGACCCCGCUGAGCUAUUCUCCAUGCGGUGGACCACGACGACCGCGGUGACGGAGAGCGACUUCGAGUUCGGCUUGCCCGGCGGCGAGAGCAGUGAGCCGCCGUCCCCGGUGCUGGUCAGCGCCAGCCAUGUCGUCCGCAACGGCCGCCUCCUCCCCAGCGAGCCCGUCUGCCGCUCGGGUGCCCAAGAACGACACGGGGACCGCGUCGCCGACCUGCCCGGCGCGCCGCGGUCGUCGCCCUCGUCGCCGCUGUACCGCUCGGCCCAGAGCACGCCGGCCUCGCUGAGCUCGUGCUGCUCCAGCGGGAGGAGCGGCGUCGCCGGCAGCAAGAACGCCGCCGCCGGGAGGCGCGGCCGGGCGUCGUCGUGGAAGAUACUGGUGCGGUACCUCCGGUUCCUCAUGCCGUUGUACCGGAAGGUCAGGGCGCUGCGGCGGUUCUCGGCGCCGAGGCCCAGGGUCGCGCCGGCGAGCCCCGCGCGCGCGUCCACGUCGAGCACGGAGUGGUGCCACGGCAAUGCCGACACGGCCGUCCGCGACGCCAUCCUCUACUGCAAGAAGUCCAGCGGGCAAGAUGCAUAGCACCGCAGGAACGCAUGGCAUCCAUCCAUGAGCUUGAUGUGAAUCCACGAGACGAAAGUGUCUGCUGCGCUGUGUCAUCUCAGCUCAAGUCCUUUGUUUGUAUCCCCCGACAUGAUGUUUUGGCACCUAUACCCGUAACCGUUGUGUGAAUGACUGGAUCGUGUGUACAGUAUAAUCAUCAAUAGACGACGGACGGCCUUAAUUCACGUCUCCGUCCUUUAAUCGGCUCUUGGUUCGUCCAUGGAGUUGCCUCGUACUGGUGGGGCCUCUGAUUUAAUUUGGAGAAGGAAUGAUCGCAUCCUGUUCCUGUAACCUACUAGCUAAUACGCGGAAGCAUUAAAUUACUAUUA